AUCUCCCAAUAGCAAUGCUGAUACAAUAACACUGUUUCCCGCCGCAAUCUAUUUUGACACCUGAAACACAAAUAAUUAAGUCUGCUUGUUGCAGUAAGCUCGGUCGUCCCUGAACCACUUGGUCGCGGAAGAGGCCAUAUUGAUCCUCAACUGACAGAUGUCACGUGACGAAUUCUCGGAUAGCAGUGUUGUGAAACUGCCAUUUGCGAGCACUGCUGUGCAGGGAGGUAGCAUGAACCAGUACAAAGCCGAAGUUAUUGUAGUUGGAGGCGGACUUAGCGGUUUGUCUGCUGCCAAGUUACUACGAGAACAAGGUGUUGAUGUUGUUGUCCUUGAAGCCAGGGACAGGGUCGGAGGGCGGACAUUCACUAUACAGAAUGACAAGGUCAGAUAUGUUGACCUUGGCGGGGCCUAUGUGGGACCGACACAAAACCGUCUACUGCGACUGGCACGAGAGUUCGGGGUCAAGACGUUUCUCACCAACGAGGUUGAAGAUUUAGCCUUUUUCUCAAGGGGCAGUAUGAAGCGAUUCCGUGGCACAUUUCCACCAAUGGGAGGGCUGCUUUCAUGGCUUGACAUGAACAACUUGUUUCGUACCAUCGACCAGUUGGGGGAAGAGAUUCCCCUGGACGCCCCCUGGACUGCUCCCCAUGCCGCGGAGUGGGACAGCAUGACAAUGCAGCAGUUCUUUGAUAAACAUUGUUGGACAAGAGCUGCUAACUCAUUUGGUCGUGAGUUUAUCGAGGUCAAUGUGACCUCGGAGCCCUAUGAAGUAUCGGCCCUAUGGUUUCUGUGGUAUGUAAAGGGCGCCGGUGGUUCCUUUAGGAUAUUUGGAACAACAAACGGGGGACAGGAGAGAAAGUUUGUGGGUGGAUCCCAGCAGAUCAGUAUUAAAAUGGCAGAGAAGAUAGGGAAUGAUCGAGUGUUGUUGAACCACCCUGUGUCGAAAAUAGAACAUAAGCCCUCGGAAGUUGUAGUGCAAGAUGUGAACGGCAACCGAUACACAGCAAAGUAUGCGAUCAUAGCAGCCCCCUUGCCCAUCCAGAACAAGAUCAUCUACGACCCACCACUUCCAAGUCUGCGCAACCAGCUUCUCCAGAGGGCGCCAAUGGGAUCGGUCAUCAAAACAUUCAUGUACUAUAGCACACCAUUCUGGAGACGGAAAGGGCUGUGUGGCUCCUCCGCUAUAGAUGACAAGGAUGGGCUGGUGGGGUUCACCCUGGACCAUGUGAUGCCCGACGGAUCACACCCAGCACUUAUGGGGUUCAUCUUGGCAGAUAAGGCAAGGCGAUACGUGGAGCUGACUCCAGACGAACGAAAGUCAAGAAUAGCUCACUUAUACUCCAAGGUCUUUCAGACUGAUGAGGCAUUGCAUCCUGUGCAUUAUGAAGAGAAGGACUGGCUGGGGGAGCAGUGGUCCGGAGGAUGCUACACGACGAUGAUGCCUCCUGGCUUCCUCACCAAGUUUGGCAGUUAUCUGAGGCGGCCGAUUGGCCGGAUGUACUUUGCGGGGACAGAGACGGCCACUCAGUGGUCUGGCUACAUGGACGGCGCGGUGCAGGCCGGGGAGCGAGCAGCCAGGGAGAUCCUUCAUACCAUGGGCAAGAUCAGGGCUGACCAAAUUUGGCAGGCAGAGCCAGAAGAUAUGGAGGUGAAGGCACGGCCAUUCGACGUCUCUUUCUGGGAAAGCAAUGCUCCAUCAGUCCCAGGGUUGUUGAAACUCCUUGGCUUCACCUCAUUGUUAUCAGCAGCAGGGGCCGGAGGAUUUGUUUACUACAAAUACCUCAGAUAAGCCAUCAACAAUAUAGUCAAAUCUAUCAAUGUUAUGAAAGCAUCUGAACUGUCAUCACACCUCAGAAAUAUCCUAUUCAGGGAUGGCUGCCACGUCCAAGCCAUCUGCUAUUGAUUCCAAGUCUUCAGGAAAGUACAACAUGUACCACCUAACGAAUUCUAAAAUAUUUUUAGACUUGUCUUCAUUACCAUCAGGAAGUUGUUGAUCAUUAACAUUUGAUAACUAUAUUACUAGAGCUGCUUGUUUGUAUAAUGUUAUUUAAGGACUUCAGCUGAGCCAUGUAUCAUGUUUAGUUGCCAAAAUAUCAUUGACUUGCAACACAAACUGAAAACAAAUGUUAAUUACAACUUGCUAGUAUUAGCUCUGGGAGUGUCACAGAUAUUAUCUGAUAUAUAUAUAUACAUAUUUAUCUAGGGGUGAUUUGGACUUCCAUUGAAACAUGUUAUAGUACCGGUAAUAUACAAACCGGUCAGUGUAUAAACAAAUUUACAACUAUAAAAUCUAGUCUUAGGCCACAACAUUCAAACAAAUAUGCGUGUUUCCUAUUUCGGUCCCUCCCUAAAUAGGGUCAAUUGGGCAUAUUUGAUUAUUUUUCAGUAAUUUGCAUUAUGCUUUGAAAUGACAAUAUAGUUUACAGUCAAGCAGUAAAUGCUCUGAUUCGGAUUAGUGAAAUACGAAAAUAACAGGACGGUGAUCACACGAGAAAACAGAUUUAGAGGCGGUGUUUUCAGAUUUGAGUUAUGGGCUCCAGAUAAGGGUUGGGGGCUCCAUUAUUAGGGUUGCAGGAUCCAGUUUAGGGUUGGCGGUUGCAGAAUAAGGCCGGUCGCUCAAUAUUAGGGUUGGGGGCUCUAAAUUAGGGUUGCUGUAUCAUGAUUAGGAUUUACGGUUGCAGAAUAAGGCCAGUCGCUCAAUAUUAGGGUCGGGGGCUCUAAAUUAGGGUUGCAGUAUCGUAUUAGGAUUUACCGUUGCAGAAUGAGGCCGGUCGCUCAAUAUUAGGGUUGGGGGCUCUAAAUUAGGGUUGCAGUAUCGUAUUAGGAUUUACGGUUGCAGAAUGAGGCCGGUCGCUCAAUAUUAGGGUUGGGGGCUCUAUUAUUAGGGUUGCAGUAUCGUGAUUAGGAUUUACGGUUGCAUAUGAGGCUGGUUGCUCAAUAUUCGGGUCGGGGGCUCUAAAUUAGGGUUGCAGUAUCGUGAUUAGGAUUUAUGGUUGCAGAAUAAGGCCAGUCGCUCAAUAUUAGGGUUGGGGGCUCUAGAUUAGGGUUGGUGGAGAAACCAGAAACACACGUUUUUCCUUUUGGCCUAAUGUUUAUUAUUUUAGGGUGCAAGAUCAGAUUGGAAGUUUUUAAAAUAACUCAAUUGUUUCAUUUUGGGAAAACAAAUCACCAUGUGUAACAUGCCCUGCACUAUUUCAAGAACCAGCGCAUAUUCUGAAAGAUACAUUUCUAAGAGCAGGUGCUAGCUGAAACUAAGAUUCAUCGUGAAGAGAUUGCUAAGACUGUCAGUCUCAAAAAGAAACAUGCCUGACUUAUGAGAACAGCUUUGAUGUGUUGACAACAUAUUUGUUUGCUAGACGAAGCCAAAACAUAUAAGUAGUCAGUCUCUAUGCAUACAAGAUGUUGCCCCUUCCGGCCACGUCUACAGAUUUGGAGGGGAGAUGCAACUGGACGAAGAAACUACCUUACCCCAAAUUAUUUGGCUCAUUUGACAUUAUUUUGUCUUUGAGUCGUUUCUGGAACAGUAUUCUUCCUUGAAAAGAUAUUUGGAUAAAACAUUUCUAAGUGUUUCUCAAACAAGAGUUAGACCUAUUUUUUAUUAUUUCUUAUUAAGGUGCGAUCAUUUUGACUUCCCUUAAGAUCUUAAAACCCAUUGGUUUGUUUUUAAAUAUCACUGUACAGAAAAUCCAGAUUAGACAUUUUCAAUGAAUUCUUACACAGUAGAAUAUUUUUUUAACUUUUCUAAAUUUUGUACCGCAAAAAAUAGGAAAACUAGCUCAUCUUCAGGUUGUGGUGUAGUAACUAUGUCCAUAGAUUAUAUUGAUAUUUUAAUGUUGAUUAUAUUGACAUUUGAAUGUUGUUAUGUAUAUUGUUUUAGCAAAAUAUAGACAUUGUUGACUGUUGUUAAAAAAAUCACUGCAUAAAACACCUCAUAACUUGCUUACAAGAAUGUUAUUUCCUUAAUAAUGCAGAUAUUGUGGCAUCAGGUCGAAGGUUGUUGGCGAUAUAUGUUCCCAGACUGAACAAGUAUUCACUUGUUGACCACACGGCUCCACCAGAUGGGGAUAUGGUGCUGAACAUUAUCUGUUCAGUUUAGUUUGGGCAUGGAUAGAUGUUUCACAUGUAAUUUUCAGAAAAUUCAUAACCCUAUGAUAUCCCAGACGCUUUACUCGGUUAUAGGAGAGCUCUAUGCUUAGCGAGACCUUGAUCUUCAACCAACUGUGAAUUCUGAUUUGGUGUUUUUUUACAAAGAUGAAAAUAUCGAUAAAAGCUGCAACAAUUAAAUCUGAUGUAACUAUUAUGAUGAUUAUGAUGCGUGUUAAGGAUUCACAUUCUGUCGUGAUUGUCACAUGGUAUCUAUCACACGAUUCUCACCUGCUAUUUCAUUUGGUCCAGGACUCUUUAAUCUGUCAGCUUGUUUCUGUGCCAGUGUCAAUACUAUGUUUGCGUACAAAAUAAGCUAACAUUAGUGAGAACACAUUUAACGUAUGAAAUCCAAUGACAACAAUUUCAUUACCAGCAUCCCUAUGUUUUCUAGAAAAUUACAACGUUCCGGAUUUUCUGUCAUUUCUGAAGGGUCUCACUAUCAGUAAAAAAAUCAAUCGUGAGAAUUCCUGUAACCAUGGUAACUAUCUUCCACUUGCAUGGGUGUGGGGUAGUCUGGUGGUUAUCAAAUUGUGGUUACGGAGGAUGCAUGGAUAAGAUAACUUUCUUUCAACAGUACCUUGAUCUGGAUAAAUGAUUAUUUUGUAGAAUUAGCAAUUUUGUUACAUUAAGAAUAAACGUUAUUUCACCUUGAA